GAUAUCCAAUGCUGCUCCUGGUUUAACUCAAGAUACCGAUGCUUCGUGUCGUUACUUCCGGUAGUUUUGCGACAGCAGUCUGAUUGCUUUCAAGAUGGCGUCCGGCAGUGGGGCAAAAAAUGACUUCCGAAGGAAGUGGGACAAAGAGGAGUAUGAAGAGUUAGCUCAGAAGCGCUUGACAGAAGAAAGAGAAAAGAAAGAUGGCAAACCUUUCCCUCCCGUUAAGCGGGAGCUUUUACGGCACAGGGACUACAAGGUGGACCUGGAGUCGAAGCUGGGGAAGACCAUUGUUAUCACCAAAACUACCCCCCAGGCUGAGAUGGGAGGAUAUUACUGCAAUGUCUGUGAUUGUGUGGUUAAGGAUUCUAUUAACUUUUUGGAUCAUAUCAAUGGCAAAAAACAUCAGAGAAACUUGGGCAUGUCAAUGAGGGUGGAACGAUCGUCUCUGGAUCAGGUGAAGAAAAGAUUUGAGGCAAACAAGAAGAAGAUUGAGGAAAAACAAAAAGAGUAUGACUUUGAAGAACGAAUGAAGGAACUCCGGGAGGAGGAGGAGAAAGCAAAGGCAUACAAGAAGGAAAAGCAGAAAGAGAAAAAGCGCAAGGCUGAUGAAGAUCUCAAUUUUGAGGAAGACGAUGAAAUGGCCGCAGUUAUGGGAUUCUCAGGAUUUGGCUCCUCAAAAAAAGGCCACUGAUUUGACCUCUACCCCCCACUCCCUGCUUCUUUUUUCUUUCUUUUUUAUAGCCUUGAUGCACAUCCCCUUCUGAACCAUAAAUAAACCUUACUUUUUUAAUAUA